UGGAUGGAAAGGUCUGCUCUGGCCGAAAACCCAGAUAAUUAUGGACUUUUGCAACGCAUUCUUUCUCGUCAAGAUGGACAACAUUCAGAAGAACAGCGCGAUGAAGAAGGUGGCGUGACGAUUAAACAGAAGAAUCCGCAUAAGCAAGAAUCUGAAAGCCAAGCGACUGAGAAAAAACUGGUCAACAAAUGCGGAGCGGUGUACGUCCUUCCAAACGACCGUGCUCUUUCRGUAGACUGCAGCCAAGAUGGAGUCCAUGCAGCAGUGAGCGCUCUCAAUAAAUUUGGUCAAGAAAGAGUGAAGGGUUGCCGAGUUUACCUCUCUCGUCGUCCGUGCUCUUUCUGCGCCAAGCUCCUGGUACAAUGCGAAGUGUCCAAGGUGUACUUCCUUCCCAUCGAGCCCGAAUGGAAUGAUGCUGAUGAUGUCCAACGAGUUGAUAACAUCUUUAAGUCCUCCUCAACAGCACUGUCUAUCUUUAUUCCUAAAAUAAGAGAAAAUGUCAUUGCCGAUGUCGAGAAACAAGUUUCACCUUUCACAGGCAGUCCUUGUGAUCUARAAGUCGUCGAGAGAAUGGAACGGGAGCUUCGAGACGAAUACUGGAGCGACCAGUGGGUGCAAAGCGCCGGUGAAGUCCUAAAGUGGCCUGCUUUCUGUGACGCGAUGAAAGAGGAGACUAAGAAAGAYAUGCAAAACCUGAUGAAAUGGAUUGCCAGGGCAACGUAUGGAGGCGUGUCAGACGGAAUCAGAUUUGGAGAGAUUGACCCAGAAACCAAGAAGGCCAAAAUGGAGAAACAACCCGGCGGYGAUGAAGGMGAAGCAACURACGAAGAUAGCAASGUAAAAAUCCCAAGUAUCCCAACCACAUCUGAUAAAAGUUGGCAGGAYCACGCACUGCACAUGACCCGAAUGGCCCGAAUGCUCUCUCAAAGAAGUGACGACCCCACAAGGCGCGUUGGGUGUGUCCUCAUGUUGCAUAACGAGGUGGUUGCUCUGGGAUGGAAUGGCUUCCCAGCCAAGGCUCUUUAUGGAGAGUUCCCAAGAGCCUCAAGCACAGACCCAGGCGCAGAAAAGAAGGAGCCCUAUGUCAUCCACGCAGAAGAAAACGCAUUGCUGACACGAAACAAAAGAAACAUGGAGGAUGAUUCUUCCAUCCUUUUCAGCAGCAAGAUCCCAGCUCCUGAAUGCGUCGCCAUGUUAAUCGCUGCGGGARUCAAGAAUAUAGUGGUGCCAAAAGAACCUACCGACGACCCAGAAAAUGAAGCCUUUUUUGAUGCACUCAAAUCAGGGACGUCCCUGCUCAAAUCAAGGAAGCUUAUUGGGUACUGCCCAGAAGAUGAAACUGAACAGCGAGACACUGAUGCAAGGGCUGGUUCUCAAGUAGGAGAGGCAAGUUCCCAUGAUCGAACUGGUGGGGAUGAGAAUUAGAGAUUUGAUAUUGGAUCAACAGAGUAAAAACACUAAAAUUGCGCAAUACUACUUUCACCACUGGUAAUAUAAAUCCACUAAACAAUGAAAAAAAUAAUGAUAAAACUGCCACUGUAUUGUGCAAUUUUAGUUUUUGCACUCCGCCUUAACCAAGAAUUACUUUACAAUGAUAAGCUUUAGAUAACGCUCAGACGACAUCGUCUGGAUAACGCUAGUGGUUUCAUUUCACGGCGCUGUGARGCAAGGACCACGGAGAACUGAAAAAGUGGGUUAGUUUGAAUAUAUUUUCACAUAUGAUGGGGGGUGCUCACGGCUUGGAGAUGAUGCUGUGAAAAUAAGAAAAAAAGCGGAACUGAUCUUGAGAGGGGAGGAGGGAGGAUAUUUUAAGAGGGGAGGGG